ACUAGACCUGGAAAAGAUGUAUAGCUGUCGUUACAUAAAGCAGGGGUGGGAAAAAACCAAAAGCGCUUUGAGAGUGUUUUACAUUAAAAACAUGAUUUUUAUGAGCCUUCCCCCAUAUAAUAAAAGAACUGUUUUGUAAUGGAAUUCUAAAGAAGAGAGGGAAAAAGAAAUAAUAGGGUUUUUCUAUUUACAGUGUGCAAGAUAGCAGAAGGUUAUUUGUGAAAUGAUUGCAGAAAUGCUUAAAAAAACCCCACAACAAAAUUCCAUGUUUACAAGUGCACCCAUAAAACAGGAGAGUUGAAACAGUACAUGAACAUCCAAAAUUUCUACUUAAUUUUUUGUUGGUAUUCAAUGAAAAUAAUAGUGGCAUGGAAGUUCAACUGAAAAGCAUAGUAUGUUGUUUAGCUUGUAAAUUCAGACACUAGGAAGAAAGCCAAAUAACUAAUGAAAAAAAUAUUUAGAAUCUCAAUUCUGCACUCAGUUAAUCCUGAUUUCUGCUUUUGUCAGAUAAUAAAUGCAAGAUGCCAGAACAGAGUUUGGUUGAUUCCAUUUGAAAUGCAGAAUGCAGCUUUCUCAAGUGUUAUUGUUCGGGUAGGAUAAUACAUUCUUGAGAAGCAGACAAAACAGCAAAGCAUUAUAUAUUUCUGCCUUCCACAUGUGUGCUCCAGGCUGCUUUCACACAAAUCAGUACCUGCUGCUGAAUGGAAGCUAUGAAAAUCAGGGAUUUUGCUGCUUGUUAAUACUGACGUUAAACAAUAGAUUUAUUUCAGCUUUUGUGAAACCUCUGGUUUGGUCUGUAUGCACAUUGCAACGCUAGUUACAAAACUGGCGUUAUGAUAUUUGUUUCCAUUCUAAUACGUUUGCUCCCUAUGGGUGAGCUGGCCUAUGGGGUAGAAUCACAGAAUCAUUAAGUCUGGAAAAGACCUCUGGGAUCAUCAAGUCCAACCCCCAACCCAGCACCCCCAGGACUCCUAAACCACGUCCCCAAGUGCCACGUCUGCACGUUUUGAACAGCCCCAGGGAUGGUGACACCCCACCCCUGGGCAGCCUGUGCCAGGGCCUGACCGCUCUGGCAGUAAGGAAAUUUUCCCUUAUACCCAAUCUAAACCUCCCCUGGUGCAGCUUGAGAUGGAUGUUUUCUUUAAAUAACCCGUGACAGUUUUUCAGGUGAAGGGUAGGCAGAUAGAAACGUGAGAGAGGAUGGAAAAUUCCUGUAGUAGAAGAAAAAAAGGAAGAAAGAGACACAAGGGCAAGCGUUGAUAUCAAGCCAUUGAUCUCAAAUGGCCAGUAAUGAAUUACAACACUUCCUUUUGUGGACUGUGUCUUUAGACUACAGCUCUGUAGCAGUCUAAAUGCCUGCUCUGGGACUGGUGAAAAUGUUUUACCCUUUUCAUUAACAAGCUCAUGCUGUGCUGAUUUGGGGUGUAAAAAUGCUCGUUUGCAAUGCUGCAGGAAUCCUAAUCUCUUCCCGGGACGUGCUACUGCUCUAACCAAGUUAAACAGGAAAGGAGCGAAGCCUGGCUCACCAUGCUACACCAGUGUUUCUCCGUCAUCAUGGACAGCUCGUUCUUUGUAUUGCUUGAAACAUCUUCCACUCCAAAGGGAUUACAGUUCGUUUUACUGAAGAAGUACGGCCUGCUAAAACACAUGCAACUUGAUCUAGAAAAGAAGAUGCAGGUUUUCAGUCAGUACAAAGUGGUAGUUGCCAUCAGUCACAAAAACUAGAACAAAAUGAGAUUUCAAGCAGUCAUAGACUCAUACAAUAAUUAAGGUUGGAAGAGGGCCUCCAGAGAUCGUCUAAUCCAACCCCGCUGACAUGCCUGAAUCUGUUACUGGCUGGAUAUAUCAGACACUUACUGCUGACAUACCAUUACGUGUUAGAAUAAUUCAUUUAACAUUUGCCUUUGAAAACACCUUUGUGAUGAACUUUCAAGGCAAUGAGAAAGCAAACAGCUGAUACAGAUAAUAUGCAACUUGCAGAACUUUUUUUAACCAAGUUGUUUAUAUAGCCUGGAUCCAAGGUCCAUCUAAAUUGGUUUUUUAGGCACUUGUACAUAUAAAAAAUUAUCCCAUAAUUACACAAGUUUUCCAUUGGUAUCAGCAUAGAACUGCGUUUUGAGUCACGUGUCCCCGAGAUAAACGCUAAUAUAUAAAAUGGCUUGCAAAGCAGAGCCUGCAGCAUACAGCUGGCCGGCAUCAUGCUUGGAGUCCUCUUUGCUGUGUUGACCCUGGCAGCUGCAGCCUUUGGCUGCGGGGUUCCUGCCUACCCGCCCGCUGUGUCUAGAGUCGUUGGAGGGGAAAAUGCGAGACCUUACAGCUGGCCCUGGCAGGCCUCCCUUCAAUACCAUUCAAAAGAUAAAUGGCAUCACACCUGCGGAGGAACCCUCAUUGCAACCAACUGGGUGAUGACAGCUGCACACUGCAUCAGUUCUUCUAGGAAAUAUCGAGUAUUUCUUGGAAAAUACAACCUAGCAGCUGAGGAAGAAGGAUCAAUUGCACUUCCUCCAGAAAAAAUCAUUGUCAAUGAGAACUGGGACCCACAGAACGUUGCAAAUGGGUACGACAUUGCUUUGAUCAAACUCACGAAACACGUCACCUUAAGUGACCAGAUUCAGCUGGCCUGCCUCCCCCCUGCACAAAGCAUCCUGUCAUCCAACACUGCCUGCUACGUGACAGGAUGGGGAAGACUGCAGACAAACGGAGCCCUUCCAGAUGACCUGCAGCAAGGCCUUUUGCUGGUGGUGGAUUAUGCAACUUGUUCCAAGCCUAGCUGGUGGGGACGCACAGUGAAAACCACCAUGGUUUGCGCUGGUGGGGAUGGAAUCACCUCCAGUUGUAAUGGGGACUCUGGUGGCCCACUGAACUGCCAAGGUGCUGAUGGCAGGUGGGAAGUGCAUGGUAUCGUCAGCUUUGGCUCUUCUCUUGGCUGCAACUAUUAUCACAAGCCUUCUGUCUUCACUCGGGUCUCUGCUUACAAUAGCUGGAUCCACCAGGUUAUGGCAACCAACUAAUCCAAAGAGAGCUGGAUGAUAGAUGCCAAGAAGGAAAACAGUUUGAAUAAAGUCAUAAUCGUGACACUUUUGAUCACCAAGACCUGGGAAAUUAUGCUUUUAUCAACAGAAGUAUUAUACCUAACCAUACUGCAAUAAACACUGUUUUUCGCAAGAUGAAAUUAAAACGUGUCCCUGUCACUUCUUCCUGCAUACUGUCAGGACCAGAGCCUGUAUUUAGUGAUAAUGCUGGAGACCUUUUAAAGCCUUCCCCCUGCUUUGGGCUGGAGCUUGCUACCCUCACCUUGGGG